AAAACUCCGCCCAUAAAGAAUCUGCUGACACAGAAAUCAAGCAUAUGACUUCCUCGGUUUUUCGUGAGCUAAUUGUUAUUCUAUUUUGUUGCUUGAAGUUCUGUGGGGCUGCCGAACACGUACGCUGAAAGUAAUCAGAAUCGGAAACUGAGACCUUCACUGUCAUUACUUAUGGCAAAUCAUCCGAUCCCUACUGUGGAGCAGUUGGUGGCCAAAGCUCGGGGAGUAUAUAGUGAAACCUUCGGAGGGAAAUGUCCCAAUAUUGCCGUCUGUGCUCCAGGGAGGGUCAACUUGAUUGGAGAGCACACCGAUUACAACCAAGGAUUUGUCCUACCUAUGGCUCUGCCUCUUGUAACUGUAGUAGUUGGCAGUCAGACCUCAGGAAAAAGUGUCUCAAUGUUGACUCUGUCAGAGGCUGUGGAAGAAUCCCAAAGAGUUGACUUUGAUCUGCCAACAUCCACUUCACCCCUGCUGCCUGGGAAACCCUGUUGGGCUAAUUAUGUGAAAGGAGUGAUUCAGCACUACAGAGGACAUCCCUUGCCUGGAUUCCAGGCUGUUAUCAUCAGCAGUGUGCCAUUGGGAGGGGGCCUAUCAAGCUCAGCAUCACUUGAAGUUGCAGUUUACACAUUCCUUCAGCAACUUUGUCCAGAUGAUGGGGAUAAGGUGGCAAAGGCGAUGGCGUGCCAAAAGGCCGAACACACCCACGCUGGGGUGCCCUGUGGUAUCAUGGACCAGUAUGUGUCUGUGCUGGGUAGAGCUGCUCAUGCACUGCUCAUAGACUGCAGGUCACUGGAGGCCACCCCAGUGACCCUGGCUGACCCCAGUCUUGUGAUCCUCAUCACCAACUCCAACGUGAGGCACUCUCUCACAGGGAGUGAAUACCCCACACGACGCCGCCAGUGUGAGGAGGCAGCUGCUGUGCUUGGAAAGAGCAGUCUGAGGGAUGCUACCCUAGAGGACCUUCAAGCUGCGAGAGGUGGGAUGGAUGGCGUGACAUACCGACGGGCUCGUCACGUGAUCGAGGAGAUCGAGCGCACGGCGCAGGCUGCUGUGGCCUUAAGACAGGAGGAUUACACAGAAUUUGGGAAGCUUAUGGUGGAAAGCCACAAUUCACUCAGGGACCAGUAUGAGGUAAGCUGUAAGGAGUUAGAUGACCUGGUUAGUGCAGCCGUGGAGGUGAAGGGUGUGUAUGGGAGUCGCAUGACCGGUGGUGGAUUUGGUGGGUGCACAGUGACUCUUCUUCAAGCUGACGCUGUUGAGCUGGCAAAGCAACGCAUCACGGAGAAAUACAAUGGAUCCCCAACAUUCUAUAUCACAACUCCUUCAGAGGGAGCCCAGGUGCUCAGUCUUUGAACAUAAAAUAUGAAAAAGAUUCCUGAAAAUGUCUUAUAAACUUCUGUUUAUAUAUAUAAAAUCUGUUAUACUCUCUAUUUGUCCGGCAGUAUCCAACUUUUGUAAUCAAGUUUACCAGUGUUUUAAUUGACCAAAGUACUGGAUAAGAGGUAUAUUUGCCCUCUACCACUGGAAAACCACAUUGUCAUUAUCUCUGCAUUAGUUAUGAGAAUCACAGUUUAGAAUCACUGACAUUUUAGUAACAGUUUGCUUUGAACCCUGUGUCAUAAGAGUAACAGAACUAGUGCAGAUAUCAUAUGCUGUUAGAAAUAGUUACACCAAUCAGUGUCCUGGGGCUGCACAGAGAACUGGAGCAGCUACUUCAAUUCUGAAGGUUCUACAUUAACAUUGAGUGAUGGAGAUCAUUUUGAAACACUGAAUUGAAUUUUUAUUGAAUUAAGAAUAUAUUAAUCAAGUACCUUGUAUUAAUAAUAACCUUGUAUGAAUCAUGUGCUUAUGUAAGCAGGAACAUGGCUUUUCUAUGUGUCUGUGUGUAACUUAGAUUACUAGGUGCUGACGCCAUGUAGUCUGCAUAUGAGUAAGAGUUAUUCGCGUAAGGAGAGAGACCUUCUGCAUAUGUUUGGGUGAGCUCAGAGGUGAUAAGAAGGGUCGAACUGUGCUUGUUCUACCCUGCGUAAAACUGACAUCCUUGCAUCUCAGAAAGUGCAGUUGGGAUGACACAAAGGGACUUUUAGUCGAGCGUGGCUAUUCUUGCUGACGUUAGAAAAAUGUAUGGCGUUAGAGUUCGAUAAAUCCUAAGUAUUUAAACCUUGUGCGAUGUUAGUGAAGUUGCUUCACUUUCAUCCUUGUGCUGUGAGUGAGGCCGAUUGCAAUUGUUGUUUGUAAUAAAUAUACUGAUCUACA